GGCCCCUCCACUGCGCUGGCCCUACGCGCAGAGAGGGAGGUCUCAUUCUGCUCCGAAGAUCCUCCAGGAGAUGUGAACACGAAACCGGCCGUCUGAGUGUUAAAGUGGCUCCAGUGUUAGCGGGAGCAUUCAGGAGUCGCUACAGCUUUUAAACUCACUUCUUUGGGGAUAAGGACGCUUUGUUUGCGGUGUUCCUGGAGGUUAUUGGAGCCCUGUCCACAUCCGGGCCACCCCGCCGGGACUCCAUGAUGGUCUGAACCGGCGAGGAGCUCCUGAACCCGGGCGCCCCGACGCUUCAUCUACUGGUAUCAGAUACUGGUCCUCACCGAGGCUGGGAGUCGAAGGAGAUGUCGAACCAAGGAGUCCGGCGGACCGGGCCCGUGAAGCUCCGUCUUACAGUGCUCUGCGCCAAAAACCUGGUGAAGAAGGACUUCUUCCGUCUCCCGGACCCCUUCUCCAAGGUGGUGGUGGAUGGGUCGGGCCAGUGCCACUCCACCGACACCGUCAGGAACACCCUGGACCCCAAAUGGAACCAGCACUAUGACCUGUACAUCGGUAAGGCGGACUCCAUCACCAUUAGUGUGUGGAACCACAAGAAGAUCCACAAGAAGCAGGGGGCGGGCUUCCUGGGCUGCGUGCGGCUGCUGUCCAACGCCAUCAACCGCCUCAAGGACACGGGCUACCAGAGGCUGGACCUGAACAAGCUGAGCCCCAGCGACAGUGACACGGUGCGGGGACAGAUAGUGGUGAGCCUCCAGUCCCGAGACAGGAUUGGCAGCGGGGGGCCGGUGGUGGACUGCAGCCAGCUGUUUGACAACGACCUGCCAGACGGCUGGGAGGAGAGGAGGACGGCGUCCGGGCGGAUCCAGUACCUGAACCACAUCACACGGACCACCCAGUGGGAGCGCCCCACCAGGCCGGCCUCAGAGUACUCCAGCCCGGGCCGGCCCCUCAGCUGCAUCGUGGACGAGAACACGCCCAUCAGCGCCAACGGGGCCACGCCCACCGCCGUGGCGCCGCCCACAGAGCAGCGCGCCCAGGAGAGGCGAGUCCGGUCGCAGCGCCACCGCAACUACAUGAGCAGGACCCACCUGCACGCCCCCCCCGACCUGCCCGAGGGAUACGAGCAGCGGACCACGCAGCAGGGACAGGUGUACUUCCUCCACACGCAGACAGGGGUCAGCACCUGGCACGACCCCCGGGUCCCCAGGGACCUGAGUAACGUGAACUGUGAGGAGUUGGGUCCGCUGCCCCCUGGCUGGGAGAUCCGGAACACGGCCACGGGGCGGGUCUACUUUGUGGACCACAACAACCGAACCACUCAGUUCACCGACCCGCGCCUCUCCGCCAACCUGCACCUAGUUCUCAACCCCGAGCCCUGUCCAAGUCCCAACGGAUCCCGAGGGAGCAUCGAGACCCAGAACAUCAGCCGUCACAGCGCGCUGAAGGAGCUGCCCCCCACCCCCCCAGCGCUGCUGUCCCCCAGCCUGCUGCCGGCCCCCAGCCUGCUGCCCCUGGAGGAGGCCGAGUGCCUCACGGUGCCGCGCUACAAGAGGGACCUCGUCCACAAGCUGAAGAUCCUGAGACAGGAGCUGGGCCACCAGCAGCCGCAGGGCGGGCACUGCCGCAUCGAGGUGUCCCGGGAGGAGAUCUUUGAGGAGUCUUACCGGCAGGUGAUGAAGAUGAGGCCGAAGGACCUGUGGAAGAGGCUGAUGGUGAAGUUCCGCGGGGAGGAGGGGCUUGACUAUGGAGGCGUGGCCAGGGAGUGGCUGUACCUGCUGUCUCAUGAGAUGCUGAACCCAUACUACGGCCUGUUCCAGUACUCCAGAGACGACAUCUACACACUGCAGAUCAACCCAGACUCUGCUGUCAACCCGGAGCACCUGUCGUACUUCCACUUCGUGGGGCGCAUCAUGGGCGUGGCAGUGUUCCACGGCCACUACAUCGACGGCGGCUUUACGCUGCCCUUCUACAAGCAGCUGCUGGGGAAGCCCAUCACCCUGGAGGACAUGGAGGCUGUGGACCCUGACCUGCACAAUAGCCUCAUCUGGAUCCUGGACAACGACAUCACGGGCGUGCUGGACCACACCUUCUGCGUGGAGCACAGCGCGUACGGCGAGAUCAUCCAGCACGAGCUGAAGCCCAACGGCAAGAACGUGGCAGUCAGCCAGGACACCAAGAAGGAGUAUGUUCGUCUCUACGUUAACUGGCGCUUCCUGCGCGGCAUCGAGGCGCAGUUCCUGGCACUGCAGAAGGGCUUCAACGAGGUCAUCCCCCAGCAUCUCCUCAAGGCCUUCGACGAGAAGGAGCUGGAGCUCAUCGUGUGCGGCCUGGGAAAGAUCGACAUCGUGGACUGGAGGUCCAACACGCGGCUGAAGCACUGCACCCCUGACAGCAACGUGGUGAAGUGGUUCUGGAAGGCGGUGGAGUCGUACGACGAGGAGCGCCGCGCUCGCCUGCUGCAGUUCGUCACUGGCUCCUCCAGGGUCCCCCUGCAGGGGUUCAAGGCUCUCCAGGGUGCUGCUGGACCACGCCUCUUCACGCUGCACCAGAUCGACGCCAGCAGCAACAACCUGCCCAAGGCCCACACCUGCUUCAACCGCAUCGACAUCCCGGCCUAUGAGAUGUACGAGAAGCUGUACGACAAGCUGCUGACCGCCAUCGAGGAGACCUGUGGCUUCGCUGUGGAGUGACAGGCCGCCGCCACCCCCCCCCGCCCAGACGGUCUCUCCCCCACCCCCAUCCCCCCCCAACCCCCCCCCCGCUGGGCUCACCGACACGCCCUCCACGGCCCGUUGGUGGUCACGUGACUCCUCUCCUUUGUCAUGUAAUCUAUGGAGGGACAGUAAGGAGAGGAGCUUGUUUCAGCUGACAGACAGACGAAGGCACAUCUUGGUGAUCCGACUACACAAAGCCCCCCCCGACUACACAAAGGAUGAUCACUAACUGAACCUUUCAGCUGCUAAUUCUCUCGUUGGACCCCCACCCCCCUCCUUGUUUUCUAUACUCUUUUCAUUCGUUUUUUUCCACACAUAGAACGCCCGUGUUCCGUGUAGAAAGGGACAUCCUGCUUGGCAGAAGGUCUGCCACCGCUGCCACUGGGAUCCAAUCCCCUCCCUGGGCCCAGUGGCGCCCCUAGUGGUCAACAGGGGGCCUAACGAUUUGUACCAUGCUCCUUGGAGGGAAUGUCUCCAGAGUUAAAGAGGAACUGUGUGAGCGCUCUCCGGAGAACCGAACGCAUCAGGUUAGGCUCUGCCCCCGCCCAUCAGGUUUAGACUCCGCCCCCGCCCAUCAUGUUUAGGGUCCGCAGCCAACCCCCCCCCCCCCCCCCCCCCCCCAUUACACAGAGAAGAGAGAAAACAAAUGGCUUGAAAUGUGUUAUUUUUAUAUGAUGGGGAGGGGGGGGCCAGGAGUAGAAAGAAAAAAAAACAUUCAAAUUAUAUAUAAUAUAUAUAAUUUAUUGUUAUAUUCCAAACCUUUUGCCGUUGCUCCAGAUUUAAAAGAAGUAGAAACUAAGCCUUUAAUGUAAGUCGUAACUGUUUAAAUUAUAGAGGACGAUUCGAGGAGACCGAAAUAAGCUUAAGUAAGUUUCAGUUAAGAUGGCCGCCGGACCAGGGUUUGUGGUCGGAGUGUGAAGAGGUCCGUCCCGGUCGGGUGGACAGACGGUCGCUGCAAGGCCCCCGGUGUCGGCUGGAAACCCUUCAGAGACUCAGAGUAGUUAGACAUGAGAGUGUGCCCACACUAUCCCUCUGUGACGCAGCUCCCAACACGUUCCUGCUCGGUCUGAACAGUAUUCCUCGUUUCUAGAUGAUAUUCAGUUCUGCAUUGCUGAUUUAAAAAACAAACCAAGUAAUAUGAUAUAUAAAUAUAGAAAUGUAAAGACGGAUGGAUUUCUUCAGGAUUUGUUCUGCUUGCAUCUUAAAGAGGAUUCUCUUCACAAGACCAAACCAAGUGACAUUAAACGACAUGCUGGUCUCCUGAUGAACCACAGACUACUGCUAAGAUCUACCACGCAAAAACCCUUUACACACACACACACACACACACACACACACACACACACACACACACACACACACACACACACACACACCACAGUAUUUGAGCCCAAUCUCUCUCCAGGGCGGCGAUGUUUCCUCUACUUCCUGCUCGCGGAGCGCGAGGUGCCAAUAGGUGUUUUCAGGGGGGGUCUCCAGGUUUACAUGUCCCCCUUUGCUUGCGACCUGCCCCCAGAGGGUCGUCAGCGCCGCGCUUCCCACCAUGGCCCCCCUCUCAAUGACAACCAUCCAGGUGGGGGGGGAGUGGCCGACGGCGAGCGCCUGUGCUUAUGCUACAUGCUACAUUUUGCCCCGUGGCUAUAUGCUACGUUUAGCCCGUUGCUAGCACACAGGCCGGGAAUUAUUUUAUACGAUUUGACACUAAAUGGAUGAAUGUUUUUUAAAGUAUGCUGCCUGUCUCUCUGGAUGCGACCACACAACCAGACUGUUGUUCCUGUCUGUGUUCCUCCAGGGCGUCCCUGGACGGUGCUCUGUACAGUCGGUUUGGUUCUUGUAUGUGGAUCACAACGCCCGUAACUUAUCUUUAACUUAAGCAGAAAGACAUCAGUUCUUUUAAUAAAGGUGAUGGAUGGGGGGAUUAAAGACAGAACGACCACCCUUGAACUUCACACUUAACUCAAAUAUGUGUUGUGUUUCCUACCGUCGGGCGGCGGCGGAGCUUUGAACCCGCACGGGUCACGUGACAGACAGCUGUCCGUCCCUCCACACUCUACUGUCCGUCUGCAUCCAGCAUGAUUCACUUGCAGGACUGUAUCUUUAUAAUUGACUGAUGCAAUUUCAUGUAUUAUGUUAACACUAUCAUUUUGUAAGAGUAUUUUAUUUUUGUGUGUAAUUAGUUCUAAUUAAAACAGCCGAUGUCCAACGACAUGAGGCACCUUGUAAAAAACUAAA